AAUUCCAAUAUGGUGGUCGGCUCUGCAGGCUUACGUUUCUUGUUGACGAUAUUGUUCCUCUGCGGGUUCGGGUUCGGCGCGUCCAGCCAUCAAGCCCCGCAGAUUUUGGGGCUCCGACUGGAAGAUCCCCAGGGUCAGGUGUUUAUGCGCGAGAGGAUCAUUUCGGCGCCUUACGGGUCUAGUUUCAAGCUCAGAUUGUUCGGCACCUACCUAAAUGGGACUUGGCCGUGGGUCGCUUUCGCAGGAGCUGCGCGAGGGGAAGCAGGUGCCGUCGGAGACGCAGUGGAUCCUUGUGAGCAAGAGAGGCGACGGAACUCGUCUGCGUUCAAGGUUUUCGGGGAAUUUGGGCUGGACGAGGAGUAUAGUGGGGUGCUAACGGUCCAGGCGGAAAAGAGCAUCCCCGCUGCAUCCGCGGAAGGGGAUGCCAGUCUGAUUUAUCAUCACUUGUGCGUUUUGCAAGGCCACAAAUGGGCAUCAGCUGCUCCCGACAGGUUGCAUAUCCUGACCGACCCCCAGUUGCCUCCUGACUACAUUCCAGCGUGGGGAGUGGCGAUAAUAAUAGUACUUAUUCUAGCUGCUUGUGCGAUACUUAGGAGUCUCAACAUCAGUUUGUUGUGGCUCGACCCACUUGAGCUUUAUGUGCUGCACAGUUGUGGUUCUGAGAAGGAGAAACGAACCGCGAAACGCCUCGAGCCUGUCCGCAGGAGAGGGAACUUCCUGCUGUGCUCGCUCUUGUUUAUUUCUUCUGUGGGCCAUUCCGUUAUCGGCGUGCUGUUCUACCGGGCCCUGGGGUCAAUCGCGCCCGCGGUGUUUACUAGCGCUAUUCUCAUCUUCCUGUUAGCAGAAGUGCUGCCGCACGUGAUAUGCUCCAGUUACGGGUUCCAGCUCGCACCGGGCCUGACGUGGCUUGCGCAGGUUUGCAUGAUCGUGACAUGUCCACUCUCGUGCCCCCUCGGGCUUCUGCUGGACCUGGCCCUCCGACGCGACAUCAGCGUGUACGGCUUGCGGGAGAAGAUCAUGGAGAUGAUCAGGACGAACGUGAACGACCCAUACAAUGAAUUUGUCAAAGAUGAGUUCAGUCGCGGGGCUCUUCGAACCAAAACUGUGGAGGACAUCCUUACUCCGCUCAAAGAAUGCUUCAUGCUUCCUUCUACUACCGUGCUGGACUUCGGUACCAUGUCGGAAAUCAUGCAGAGCGGCUACACACGGGUGCCGGUGUACGAGGAAGAGCGAUCCAACAUCAUCGAGAUCCUGUACGUGAAGGACUUGGCCUUGGUUGACCCCGACGACUGUACCCCUAUCACCACCAUCACCAAGUUCUACAACCACCCUCUGCAUUUUGUCUUCAAUGACACUAAACUGGACGCCAUGCUCGAGGAGUUUAAGAAAGGAAACUCUCACUUGGCCAUCGUGCAGAAAGUAAACAACGAAGGAGAGGGGGACCCCUUUUAUGAGGUGCUGGGCCUGGUCACUCUGGAGGACGUUAUUGAGGAGAUCAUCAAGUCAGAGAUCCUGGACGAGUCUGAUGGCUACAUGGAGCUGAAGGUGAAGCGUCCGAUGCCCCCUCUGGAGAUUCCUCUGGAGCCACGCAGCCUCAGUGAGGAGUUCUCCCUGUUUAAGACGCCAGAGGGAGGAGAGCCCAAGAUCCGCACCUCCCCACAGCUGCUGCUCGCCACACACCGAUUCCUCUCCAGAGAGGUGGAGCACUUCAGCCCGCUGCGUAUGUCUGAGAAGGUCCUGCUGCACUUACUGCGCCACCCCAGCGUUAACCAGGAGGUCCAUUUCGACCCCUCGAACCGCCUGAGCCCUGACCACUACCUCUACACCCGCAACCACCCUGUGGACUACUUCAUCCUCUUGCUGCAGGGCCGGGUUGAGGUGGAAAUUGGCAAAGAGGGCCUGAAGUUUGAGAAUGGAGCUUUCACCUACUACGGUGUGUCUGCACUCACAGCGCCCUCUUCAGUGCCCCAGUCUCCAGUGUCCACCCAGCGCUGCUCUCCACGGGACCCGUUUGAGCUGGGUGAGGCCGCCAGCCCCUCCAGCUACUGCCCCGACUACACGGUGCGCGCACUCACCGACCUGCAGAUCAUCAGGGUGACGCGUCUGCAGUACCUGAACGCCCUAAGGGCGUCACGCAUCGGCCAGAGUCCCGAUCCCCCCGAGAUUAAGAUCUUACCCAACAGCCAGACCAAGCUACUGAAUGAGAGGAACACUACCCAAGACUUUCCUGUUCACUUUUCAUUCUUUGAAACUAUCGAGAACUUCUGUUAGUACAGUCUGCAUGAGGAUGUAAAGAGUAAGGUCCAAGCCAGACGCAAGAGGGAGCCUCUAAGGACGAGACUCAAAGCUGAAACGCCUCACAGUGACCCCCCACUUACCCCCAGUUACCUCCCACUUACCCUGACACUUCAAAGGAUUUUAAAUGAAUCAAGUGAAAUCAUAUUUUCUAAAAGAAAAAAACAACGUAGGAGAUUAGAAAGAAAAUAAAUCAGUAUUUUAUCCCUAUUAAUGUAGCAUUUGAGCCAGGUAAGAGGGGUUAAUUAGUUCGUUUUUUUAUUUUAUUUCUGUUAUGGGAGCAGGCAGUGGACUUAUGCCUUCAGGAGUUGCACAGUCUGAGGGCUUAAGCUUUGUCUUUGGUCCUUUGUAAUCCAUCAAUGUCCUAUUCCUCACCCACCCCUACCUGCCACACCACCAUCUCUUUAAGGACUCCUCUCCGGAGGGCCGGACAUCACCUGGAUGCUUCUGCCUCACCAACACACUCAUUCACAGCAGACCAGGACCCAGAACUACCAGGAACUGCUCAGACGCGCUCACAGCCGUGAUGCUCCAAGCACACGCCAAACACGCCACACGGGACGAAACGAAAACAGGUUAAAUCUGCUUUUAGCAGAGACGUGCUCCUCCAAAACCAAUCAUCUAAUCGCUGUUUUCACUCUGUUCGCUUUUAAUAGGCUGUGUAUGGGUGCCAAAGUUAAACCCGCCAUACUCUCUCGCCUUGUGUUUGAGUUCCAUGUUCCAUGAGCGGUUCUUCGUGCGUGUGUGUUCUCAGCAUGUGCCUCCUUCGUCGUUUUUGUUCCGUUUUAUUUCCUCUCAAGCAGCCCUGCAGCAGUGUGCUUGUAUUGUAGACUUCCCAUGAGCACUUUCCACCGUGUGUGUGUGUGUGUGUGUGUGUGUGUGUGUGUGUGUGUGUGUGUGUGUGUGUGUGUGUGUGUGUGUGUGUGUGUGUGUGUGUGUGUGUGUGUGUGAGAGAGAGAGAGAGACAGACAGACAGAGAGUAUGUGUGCGUGUGUGUGUAAGUAAUGAUGCGAGUGAGAGAGGUCCAUCCACUUUCUUUGUUUAGCUGCUCUACUUCACUUGUCCUAAAGGACAUAAGUACGUCCGGUACGUCCGAAAACAUCUCCAGCCCCUGAAGGCCGCCAUGUUGGUGCUGGUCACUCACACUGAUCAUCACAUACAUACAGAUUUUAGUUUUGUGUUUUCUUUUGCUGUUCAUUUUUAUUUUGUAAACAUUAAAGUGCAAUGAUGUUUGGUGCCUAAAUCAAAACGAUAGAACACUAGCUGUAAACAAAAAAAAACAUGCCAAAAUACCAGGGAUGUGUUGUGACCACUUUUGUCCAACCAAGUACAAGUACUCACAAACGGUGUGUGUGUGUGUGUGUGUGUGUGUGCUUAAUGAUAACUGGUGAAGAACUGAUGCAAGUUCUUAAUAAGGCAGUAUUUCUUCCGUAAGGAUAACAAUUAUCAUCAAGAUAGGAUUAGUUUCUGUGAGCUUCAGAGAUGCAGUGUCUUCAUCUUUCACCUCAUGUUUCCUCAGAGCAGGACGCCUCUGUGUAAAUCCAUGUCAUUUGUUUUGUUUGGUAAUGUGAGUUCGCCAAUAUCCCUCCCUCUGUGCCAUAAUGUUCUUUCAUUAAUCCACAAUCCAUUCCAUGGUUUGAGGCAACAGACCAAGUCAGGUGUGUGUGUGUGUGUGUUUUCUUGCUGUUCAUUUUUCCUUAAUUAAUCCUGUGAUGUUGUAAUACAAUGAUCACAAUGAAGAUUUGCCUCUCACCUGACCAAAACACACAAUGACUGGUUGCCAAUUAUACUCUGCUGUGUUUUACCUUUUAAGUUGAACAUUCCAACUUAAUUUGUGUGUGUGUGUGUGUGUGUGUGUGUGUGUGUGUGUGUGUGAGAGAGAGAGAGAGAGAGAGAGAGCGAGCGGUGUAGAAGAGUGGGAGAGUCAUUCAAACAUUUCAGUAUUCAUUCUCAAAGGAUGGUUCAUUUUCAAUUUUCAGGAAGUGUGCUAUCAAAGUAUUAAACUCUACCUGUCCACUGAAGACUUUCCCUCUAGACAUUCAACCAUGUUUUAGAGACAUGAGUCCUGUACACGGUGCCAGCAGUCCUCUCGUUAUACAAAAUAAUGCUGUCAUUCAGUUUCUUCUGCCUUUUUAUUAGUCAUUUUCUCUUCUCUUUGAGUAAUUUCAAGAACUGUUUUCUUGAGAAUGACCAUGUGAUUCCAAGUAAAUAUUUCUCAGCUGUUUUAAAUAUAUUGUACUGUAUGCAGAGUUGCAUAGGCCGAUUUAUAUUGUAUCAAAUUAAUGAAUGUAUAUUGUAAAAGAACCUGUUACUUGUGCUUCCUUGCUCUAAUGGAGAAUGCUGGGUAUUUUGGUAGGGUAAGGAUCACUGUAUAUACAAAUCUGAAUCUAUAUAUUGCAGAGAUUAUAAAUCAAGAUUAGUGGUUAGAUAAAGUGUUACGUUUUUCAGGUACAAGAGUAAAGUGCUGUUACCAGGGGAAACUAAUGUUAAGGCAUCAUUAGGACCAGCUUCUCUUUCUUUCCUUGUUGUAGUCUUUAAUUAAUUUCUUUUCCUGGAAUGACUAACAGUGAGCGCAUCAACCCUUUUCAUCGAAUGCUUUCAAUCUCGACUGUUUGAUAGGAAAUAAAAAUAACCCUGUACAAAAAAA